AUGUUGAUGGCAGCCCUGAUGGGUGGACUUCCUGAGAUUGUUGUCUGGAAUCUAGUGGGAGAAGGGGCAAAGAAGGGCCAUGCGAAUCCAUGGAUCCGCUUCUUGGCGUUCUGUCCUCGUGCGCUGAAAGAAGCAUUACCCGAAUCGGGCGACAAGGAUGGCUGGACCGCUCGAAACCAAAAAGUUGCGAAGAUAUGGAAAGACCUAAGCAAAGAUCAGAAGACCGUCUUUCGAGACCCUUAUUUUUUUGCUUUGGCUGGCUUACCCGACCUGUCCAACGUGCAAUUUGAAGGUGAUGGUGAAGUCCUUGAUCCAGAAGAUGGAGACGUCAACACAAGCCUUCAGCACCUGGAUGAUUCGACAGUCGCACCUCCCGUUCACAAACUCAGUAGUGAGGAUCGAUUAAAAUAUCAGCCUAUAUUUGAAGAACUGGUUGACGCUGCUAAGCUUCACCUGUGUUAUGGAAAACCUGCUCCUUCGAGUUCUGUAGCUACACUUCAAAAAAAAUCUAUUGUUGAGCUUCGAAAAGCUCAUCAUGCUUUUGCUGUAGUUUGUCAAAGAUAUCAAAUAACUUAUUAUUUGGCUGCUGUUAGUUGUGGGAGCACAGAAGGCUGGAAUCAAGUUUAUUCAAAUGACACAUCAUUUGCAAAUUGGGCAUCAAAGGACGCCAAAGUUCCGGACUCACUCAGAUCUUACAUCCACGGAAAGUCGGCUGUAAAGAUAGUUGAGGGCUGUAAGGUACAACAACCAAGCGACGAACGUAAGACUUGCCUGGGAAGGGAACUCAACAAACUACUUGAUGCUUUCCAGAAAGGCGAGACAUUUCCUAAGCAUGAUGACCCUGUGGACGAAAUCAAGAUGAAGGGAUGGCCAAUUCGUAUUGUUCAAAAAGAAGGUAGUCUUCUAUUGAAAGAAGAUUUGCACGCAGGUCAUUGUCUUGCUAAGAGUGCAACGGUCAAAAACUGGCUGAAGGAUAUUGAAGAAAAACAAUUUCUCAUUGAACAAAUCCCCGAGUCAGAACUAUUGAAUCGCCAAUCACAAUCUCACAAGUCCAGGAAGAAGAGAAGAGCCAAAAAACCCAAUCAAGUCUCUACCCAGCAUUCAACUUCAAAUCAUGAUACUCCACGUCACAACUCUGGUAACCACUCCGAUGGUAAUGAAGACCCUCAAAUGACUCAGGGAUCAAAUUUGAAAUCUAGCAACUUAAAGCGCAAACUUCAAGAAUUGGCUAAAGGGGAUGGUGCGCAGAGAAAGAAGAACCGUGAACAAUCGCCAUCACCCUCUGAAGACUCUGAGUCUGAUUCUGACACUUUGCCCGACUGCAAUAGUGAUGAUUGA